AUGGGCAUGAUGAACAAGGCGAUAAAAGGGGGUAAGUUCAAAGUUAACAGAUUUUAUAUUGAACUGAUUGGGGCAGCUAAGAUUGACUAUGCUGCUACUGUUUGGCACAAGUUUAUUAUCCCUAAACAGAGGUUCAUUUUCUGGCAAAUCAUCAAUGAACAUCUGCUCACCCGUGAUCAUUUGAGCAGAUUUAUGACCAUUCCCUCGGAUCUUUGUGUGGUUUGUGAGAGAGAUGUAGAAACUCAUAACCAUUUGUUUGUGGAUUGCAUUUAUACCAGGAAACUUGUUGAUAGUGUGGAAACUUGGGCUGGCUGUUUGAGUUGGCCGAAAAGCUUCAGGGAGUUGCAGGAGAGAAAGUGCCUAGCCAAACCCGACCUGGCUGAGUUGAUUAUGAAUGCUAUCUAUUCAGCUACUCUUUACCAGUUGUGGAGAAACAGGAAUGAUUGUCUCUUUAAUGCUAUUUGUCACUUAGUUUCUUUUCUUAGUAAAGAGAUUAAAUGUAUGGUUAAGGCUAGAGUAGUUGGGUUUCAUUGUAACAAUGCAAAAGGAAAAGAUAGUUAUAUAUGGAGGGUAGUGAAUAGUUGGUAG